ACAGGGAGGAGGCAGGCUGUCCGAGUGCUGGAGUGCGGGGUGAUGGCAGCUCAGGAGACUGCUGUGUGUGAAAACCCCAGGAGAUCAGCAGCUUCUGAAAUACUCAAACCAGUCCAUCUGGAUCAAACCAACACCCAGACCACAGUGAGAGAAAGAAAGUCACGCUUUGAGAUCACAAUGUUUCCCAUUCUGAUGUUUGAACAUUGUGAACAUUAACUGAAGCUCCUGAUUUGUAUCUGCGUGAUUUGAUGCAUCGUGCUGCUGUUGAGGGAUCGGCUGAUUACAGAACUGCAGAAAACAGCAGACCUAACUCCGAAUCCCAAACUCACAUCAUCACCUCAGCAAAACGUUCAUCAAACCACGAGAGAACGGAAACCGUGGCAGCUCGUCCACACGCCGGGGAAUUACUGAAGCUUCACCAUCAACAACACAGGAGAGAAAAACACGCCGUAAUCCUGCGCUGGAGCUGCGAGGCUCAUGGAGCUGACAGGACUUGUUUGUCUCGGUGGACUCCUUGGUGUCCUCAGUGUCAUUUCUGGAUCUGAGGGACGGGUUGACAGAUGUGAGUGUCCAUCAGCCACCAUCACAGAUCAGUUUCCUUCCCAUUUCUCCAACGAGACCUGCUGUCUGAACUUCACCGGAUCUUCAUUUCCACGUGUCUCGUGGACCGCAUUACGGUCCACACCCAGCCUUCAGAUCCUGGAUCUGUCCUUCUGUAACAUUACAUGGAUCCAUGACACGGCUGCAAGUUCCACUCCUGCAUCUCUCCGAGAGGUUUAUUUAAACCAGAACCAGCUCAGCUCCCUUCCUCAAGACUUCCUCUUUGAUGCCAUCAGUUUGGAGGUGCUGGAUUUGGGGCAGAACUUUCUGGAGGAACUUCCUGUCCAUUUCCUAAAGAAUGCUAAAAAUCUGCAAGUUCUAAUUCUGAGAGGAAAUUGUUUGGAAUCACUUCCUGCCUCCAUCCUCAAACUUCCCCUCCAGCAGAUGGAUUUAGUGGGAAAUCCAUGGACAUGCUCUUGCUCUUUGGUGGAGGAUUUCCACUCUGCUAAUCAGAGCAACUCUAGCAGGCUGCAGGGCAUCGUGGGUAACCUGACAUGUUCAUUUCCUGGAAGCCUUUCAGGCAGGACGGUUUGGUCUGUCCAUGUCGAUGAAGUUUGUCGUCAUCCAGGUCUGAAUGCUCUCUUCAUCCUGCUUCCGCUCCUCAUCCUUGUUGUCCUGAUGCUCUGCUGGUGCUGUGGGAGGAAAGAGGAGAAGAAAGACUCGCCGAAAUUCAGGACCAUGCGGACGAAAAACGGAGAUUUAAGCAACGAGAGCACAAAGGACAACAUGUUGAAGAACCAGCUGAUGUUCAGACCUUCCUCAGCUCUUCUAGGCAGCACAAGGGACAUCUAUGAGGAAGUGGAGGUCAAACUGGGGUCAGUGGAGUCUCUGGGACCUGCACAUUCCACCUCAUGUGGUAAAGUGGAGAACCAGGAAGUGGGCAGUAAGCAGGAUUUGGAGACGGUGAGUGUGAGUGAGGUGAUGAGGGACUCGGCGGAUCGAGAGAAAGCCUACAUGACUCAGUCCACUAAAUACUACAGCCUGGUUCCGGGGCUGGAGCUCGACGACUCGGACCAUGGUGAAUACGAAAGCGUGGAUCUGUCAUGAAGCUCCGUUUUCACCACUGGACAAUUCCAGACUGUGUAUUUCACCUCAGUGGUGAUUCUGAAGGUUUCCAGUAUACUGAGAACCCACUGAAGGGAGAAGCUUUUACACACAAAGUCCAAAAGACCUCCACUGAGACAAACUGCUUUUAUUAAUGAGGAUCUCCAGCUCGGAUUCUGACAAACAGGAGAACGGUGAGGAGACGAAGGACUUGGAGAUUUGAGAUCAAAGCUGGAGAAUUUGGUAAAUUCCACAACUUGAACCAUGGCUUUCACACACUUGCCUCAUCCACAUCUCGAGUCUGAGUCAGAGCAAAAUGGAUUCGUUUGUGAUUUUUUUUUGGUGGGGGGGGGCUGAAAACUUUCUUAUAAAAUCCUUUCAUUCAUUAGUCAGAAAUGCAGCGAUGAGAAAAAUCUAAAGAAACCUUUAAUGAUGAGACGAUGAUGUAAUCAAGCCAUUUAAAAUGUUUUUGUGUCACAUCCAGAGUUUAUUUCUUCAUUUUGUUUCGUUUGUGCCUCCAAACCUCCAGAACACACCGCCGUUCUGCAGCCCUGUCCUCAUUACAGCGAGCAAACUGAGGACUCAGUCAGUGGAAGGUUCUGGAGCAUGGGUUUGUCCUCAGCGCACGGUGUUUUUGUUUUUAAUAAGACCCUGGACAGGACAUGUGAGAUGUGAGGAAUGUGGAUUAAACAUGUUAAUGAUCAGGUUCUUUGUGUUCCUGCUGGACAAACAGCUGACAGGGAUCAGUACAGAACCUGAGACAGAGCUGGAGCUCAGCAUGGAACUGUUCUGCUUCAGAGAAAUUUACUUCAAACCGGUUUCACUUCGCAUCAUGUUUCAGGAAAAACAAAUGCCUUCAUCAUCAUCACCAUCAUCAUCACAUUAUCAUCAACAUCAUCAUCAUAAUCAUCAUAACCUUCAUCACUAUCAUCACCUUCAUCACCAUCAUCAUCAUCAUGAUCACCUUCAUCACUACAGCUUUCUAAACCCCAUCCUGUGCUCCAGAUGUCCUACAGAUCAGUGAUGUUAUCUCUGAGAGGAUGACUGUAUGUGGUCUAACGGUUCUUCAUUUGUUGUUCUUUUAAUGGAAAUGUUUCAUGUGUCAUGAAGAACCUGAUAACAGAGUGUUUAUUAGUUUAUCAGAAAAGGUGGAAGUUAAGAACCUUUAGUGAUCCAGAAGAAGUUCUACACUCCUGUAAGGGUUCUUCUGUUGUCCUCUUUUCAGUGCAGAACCUCUUUUGGAUCCUUUGUUCUAAGUGUGUGGGGUUUGUGUGUUUUACAAACUCUAAAUUAUUGCUCAUUAUUUCUUUCUUAGAACCUAGAACCUCUCUUUAGAACAUUUAGCUCAACAGUCUUGGGUUCCUUAAGAGUUCUUGAAAGGUUCUGUGGAUAAAUAAAGGUUCUUCUGUUUUCCUGAAGUGGAUGAACGGAAUGGUAUCUGAUACAGAAACACUCUGCUGUAGGGUUUACAGUUUAAACAAACCUUCCUUUAAGGGUUCUAGAUUGUGUACUGAGGGAGUGUAGAGAGAACGGUUCUGAACAGUCAUAUUGUUACAGAAUGAAGUCUUUAAUAAAAAGGAAGUUCGUUAUUACUGGUGUAUUUACGUAUCUGUUCCACCAUUAUUAUCAGAACGCACUCAGACUCAACAGAACCAACGGGACUGUGGGGUUUUCUGUUUCCUUUUGGUUCUCCAUCCUGGCUGUGUCCCAAACAUUGGAAAUGAGAACUUCACAACCAGAGGUACAGUGGUGCUUGAAAGUUUGUGAA